UAACCGGAAGAGGAUUCCUGGAUGCCGAGCUCCUUCCGCAAGCAUGAACCCUUUAACUAAAGUGAAGCUGAUUAACGAGCUGAAUGAGCGAGAGGUCCAACUUGGGGUGGCUGAUAAAGUGUCCUGGCACUCAGAAUACAAGGACAGCGCUUGGAUCUUUCUGGGAGGGCUUCCUUAUGAACUCACUGAAGGAGACAUCAUCUGUGUGUUCUCACAAUAUGGCGAAGUUGUUAACAUUAAUCUUGUACGAGACAAAAAGACUGGAAAAUCCAAAGGAUUUUGUUUCCUGUGUUAUGAAGACCAGAGGAGUACAAUUCUGGCUGUUGACAAUUUUAAUGGGAUCAAGAUCAAGGGAAGAACUAUCCGUGUGGACCAUGUAGCAAACUACCGGGUUCCUAAGGACUCAGAAGACCUGGAUGAUGUGACCAAACAGCUCCAGGAAAAGGGCUGUGGGGCUACUACCCCGUCCUCGAGUUCGUCUGAUGACUCUGAAGAUGACAGCUUCCCCCCAAAUACUCAAAAAGACAUAAAAGAAAAACAGAAAAGCAAGAAAGACAAAGAGAAGAUUGGAAGGGAGGUCCAAGUAGAACAAAUAUCUUCAUCUCCUAGAAGCAAGACAACAAAGGUAAAGGAUGCGCAUGGUGCUAAGAAGCACAGCAGCAAGAACUCGGAUAGACUUGAGAAGGCUGAGUCCAGAGAGGGCCGGAAGCACCAUUCAGACUCCCCUGAGGUCGGGACUUCCUACCGUGGUGGAACAGAGGAUCCGGAGAGGGAGCUGAAGAAGGAGAAGUCCAAGCAUGAGCACAAGUCCUCAAGCAGGAAAGAGGGAAGAGAAGACAAGAACAGGGAUAGGGAGAGAGGGCGGAACUCGGAAUCACAUCUUAGCCGGCGCAGUGGGCAUUCGGAAGGACGGAGCCACAGGAGUAGAAGUAGGAGCCGAGAUAAGUACCAUAGGUAUAAUAAGGACCAGUAUUUCCGAGAAUGGGAGUCCUCCAAUUCAAGUGACCGCAGACAUCACUGAAGCCCAUGUCAGCUGCCCAAUUCAUUUGGAAAAUCAUCUGUGUUUUUAAAAAUGCAAUCAGGUUCUGGCCGCCAGUAAUCAUCUUGCAUAUAAAUUUGGUGGGAUUGAAUUCUUUUUAAUGAUUGCAUAAUAGCAUUAGUGAGAAGGCUAGUAUUUCAAUAGCCAGAUAGUCAAGACUUUUUUAGCAUAGUCUAUUGUUCCUGAAAAUAUGCCUUGUAUUUAGCAUUGUAUAUGUCCAAAUGUUUGGCUUAUAAACAUGGCCCUUAAGCCCAUAGAUGUCAAUUUGAGAUGAAGUUGCCAGGAAAUAGAAAAUGGUCUAUAAUUCUAGAAUUCUAUUCUUUAUACGAGAUGUCAAGAACUAGUGUUGUAGGAACUUUCUAACUGGCAGGUAGAUCUACAGGUUAGGUACACUGAGUCACUAAGUUCAGACAACUUCCUAUGGGUGUGACAGGAUACUUAAGAUCAGGCAGUUUCUCCCCCAAAACCCUUGAAUACAGUUUUGAAAGGUCUUCUCAUUUUUUUGUGUGUUCAUUUUGCUUUGAGUUUUGAGGAGACUACAUGUAUCUCUACGUUUUUCAUUUCUUUUCACCUAUUCACUUACUCAUAUUGAGAAGCAUUUCAUGUAACACCCAAUUAUCCAUUUGAGCCAUUUAGUGAUAUUUGUUAAAUUCACAGUUUUGGACAACCAUCGACUGUUCCAGAAUAUUUAUAUCAUCCCAAGAUGAAACUAUAUCCAUUAACCAGUAACUUCUCCUUGCCCCUGGAAACCUUCCAGUCUGCUUUCUGUUUCUAUGAGUUUAUCUAUUUUGGGUGCUUCAUAAAAGUGAAAUCUUUUUUUUUUUUU